AAAAGCUAGACCCUGUUGAGAGAAUAGUUUUAAACAUCGAUGAAUAUAAUAAUCCAGAGAGAUUUAAUGGCCUUAAUAGUACACCUCAAUGGCCUUUCAAUUUAUUAGUCAUUAACAUUGCCCGACGAUAUACAAAAAAAUGGCGUGAUGUUGUUGAUAUACUUGAUAAAAAUUUACAAGGUCGAGAAUUUAUUGUUAUUGAUUUAACUAGAGCAAAAGAGGAUCCUUUAUACAUAAGGAAAG